AUGAUCAGAUUGAACUUGACUAAUGCCCAGGAUAUAAAACGGAUCAAGAAUUUACUAGAGGAGAAGAGAUGGAUAAACAAGUCUCGCAAGAUAGAAAAUAGCAACGGUGUCUUCCACAUCUACACAACUUUGGCUUCAGUUCCCAAAGAAUUAUCACAUUUGCAAUGGGAUUAUUAUGAGAUAGAUGCACUUGCCCCCCAGUCAAUAGCGGAAAUUAGAGACAAGUACUGCUACGAAAACAAUGGUCCAUAUUUUGAUGUACCCAAAAGAUGGACCGUGUACCCACCAAUGCUACUUUUCAGUAGCAACACCAAUGACCUGUUACCUAUAGACUUUUGCAUUUACUUACUCCGAAACUACCAAUCUAUUUUUGGUAACAAGAAUAUCACACACAUUGCAUUGAAUAGACCAAUUAUAGAAUCUGAUAUACUCAGAAGACCAACCAGUUUGAUCCCAGUUUAUGGCGAUUUCGGACCUGAUGUUGUUGCUGACGAGCCAACAGAGCGUGAUUUUGAAGACGCAUUUUGGUGCCUGGCGGUGCAGAACGGCGUAUACCAGACGUGGGCACCAAAGUAUACAAUGUUCUCAAGGGGUAACAUAAAGGAGAAGAAGCGUAUUCUAGACAAUUACAAACGGCUUGAAGGAACCAUUGUGUUUGAUUUCUAUUGCGGCAUUGGUUACUUUUCAUUGAGUUAUUUACAAAAUGGCGCAAAAUUGCUAUGUUGGGAAUUAAAUCCUUGGUCGAUAGAAGGUUUCAGACGUAGUUUGGACCAUGCCGGCUACAAGUAUAAGAUAUACAACAAAGGAGAUACAUUUUCAGUUGGCGAUAUUACAAGGUAUGACGCGUGUCUUUUCCUAGAGAGCAACGAGCACGCACCCACUAGACUCGAACAUGUUUCACCCACCAGCUUAAACAUCAGUCAUAUCAAUUUAGGGCUUCUUCCCACGUCAAAACCCAGUUGGUCAAUUGCAAAUAAUUUAGUUGUGGAGAAGUCAGCCACGCCCACUCUCAUUCACGUGCAUGAGAAUGUGCAUGUAAAUGCGUUUAGUAAAAUGAGAGAUGAAAUAGAGUCAAGCUUUGAGGGUGGUUCAGUCGUGCACACAGAAAAGGUGAAGACAUUUGCACCGGAUGUGUGGCACGCUGUUUUCGAUGUAACAAUAGAUAAGAUAAAUAGAGCGACGUGA